GGCAAUCCACCACGAGGCCUCCACUAUUUGAUGGAACGAAUUACACAUAUUGGAAGGAGCGAAUGAGAAUUUUCAUCUAAUCCAACAACUUUCUCCUAUGGAGAAUUAUCAAGAAUGGGGAAGAAGUGCCCAUGAAGAAAGUUGGGGAAACCACCGUUCCCAAAACCGAAGAAGAAUACGAUGCGCAGGAUAUCAAGAAAAUAGAGAACAACGCCAAGGCUAUCAACAUUCUUUAUUGUGCAGUAAACCCGGAUGACUACCGGAAGAUCUCUUGUUGUUCCACCGCCAAGGAAAUGUGGGACAAGCUAGAAAUCACAUAUGAAGGUACGAAUCAAGUCCGAGAAGCUAAGAUAGAUUUUCUGACCCAUGAAUAUGAAUUGUUUUGUAUGAAGGAGAAUGAGAAAAUCGAUGACAUGUUUGAACAAUUCUCCAAAAUCGUUAAUGAUCUACAUGCUCUCAAGAAGACGUACACGGACAAGGAGCUUGUAAGAAAAAUCCUGCGGAGUCUCACACCGGAAUGGCGCUCCAAAGCUGAUGCUAUCCAAGAAUCUAUCGGCAUCUCCAGUGUCACCAUUGACGGGCUUAGAGGUAACCUCAAAACCUAUGAGUCUACCAUUCUUUACCCCUCUUUAGGUGAACAAAAGAAGAAUGGGAUUGCACUCAAGGCGUCCACAAGUCAAGAACGUGAUGUGGAGGACUCGAGUGACAAAGACGAGUUCGGGAUCGUGCUCAAGAAAUUCCAUAAGUUCAUGAGCCAAGAGUAUGAACGGAAAGG